CCCGCUCAGUGAGGGAGGGACACACAGCUGUCAGGGAGCCGCACAAGUUCCAGUGGAGUUGUGGAGCGCCCAGCCCGCUGCGGGGGAUGAGAAGGACGAUGUGUCAGUCACCUGUGCACACACAGCGGCAGCGGGGACACGGCUCCUGUCACAGAGGGGACCCACAGCUCCAGCACAAGUUUCUGUAACGCGUCCUCACCACUGCAGGAAGUUUACUGGAGGCAACUUGUCAGUGCUCUAUGCUCUACAGUGCCGGCCGGGAGAGAGCAGCGACCGGGGAACAGGUGACCGAGCGCCCCCCGCAUUUCUUCUCCGCACAGGGAGCAUCCUCCAAGGACAAAAGUGCAUCUCAAGGGGGAAACGUACACAGGCUGCGGGGGAGGAGGAGAAGAGCCAGCCCCAAACCUGUGGAUAGCAACGGCCCGGGGGGAAGCCAUGGCCACGGCUGCUUCUAACCCCUACCUCCCCAGCAACAGCAUCCUGUCGCCAGGCUCCAUCGUGCACUCGGACUCGGGGGGAGGUGGGGGGAUGCAGCCCGGCAGCGCAGCUGUCACCUCGGUGUCGGGCGGUUACCGGGGGGAUCCCACGGUGAAGAUGGUGCAGAGCGACUUCAUGCAGGGAGCCAUGGCUGCCAGUAACGGGGGGCACAUGCUGAGCCACGCACACCAGUGGGUCACGGCGCUGCCACACGCGGCGGCGGCGGCGGCAGCGGCGGCGGCGGCAGCGGCAGAGGCAGGUUCUCCUUGGUCGAGCAGCCCCGUGGGGAUGACCGGCAGCCCGCAGCAUCAGCAGCAGGACGUGAAGGGGGGAGCGGGGAGGGACGAACUGCAUCCGGGGGCCGCCCUGCAUCACCGAUCGCCUCACCUAGGACCUCACCAAGGACACCCGGGAGGCUGGGGAGCCGCGGCCGCCUCUCACAUCCAGUCCAUGACGGGAGCGGCGCAGCAACAGCAGCAACAGCAACAGCAGCAGCAGCAGCAGCAAGCACUCCUGUACUCCCAGUCCGGGGCAUUCACUGUGAACGGGAUGCUGAGCCCUCCCCCGGGGAGCCAGAGCCUCGUGCACCCCGGCCUGGUCAGGGGGGACACCCCCGAGCUCGGCGACCACCCCGGCCAUCACCACCAUCACCACCACCAGCAGCAGCAGCAGCACCAGCAGCACCACCAGCAGCAGCAGCAGCAGCACCACGGGGUCAACAGCCAUGACCCCCACUCGGACGAGGACACCCCGACCUCGGAUGACCUAGAACAAUUUGCCAAACAGUUUAAGCAGCGCCGGAUAAAGCUGGGCUUCACCCAGGCGGACGUGGGCCUGGCCCUGGGCACCCUCUAUGGCAAUGUCUUCUCCCAGACCACCAUCUGCAGGUUUGAGGCGCUGCAGCUCAGCUUUAAGAACAUGUGCAAACUGAAGCCCCUGCUCAACAAGUGGCUGGAGGAGGCCGAUUCCUCCACGGGCAGCCCGACCAGCAUCGACAAGAUCGCAGCCCAAGGCAGGAAGAGGAAAAAGAGGACCUCCAUAGAGGUGAGCGUCAAGGGCGCCCUGGAGAGCCACUUCCUCAAGUGCCCCAAGCCCUCUGCCCAGGAGAUCACCAACCUGGCGGACAGUCUACAGCUGGAGAAGGAGGUGGUCAGGGUCUGGUUUUGCAACCGGCGGCAAAAAGAGAAGAGGAUGACCCCACCGGGCAUCCAGCAACAGACGCCAGAUGAUGUCUACUCCCAGGUGGGCAAUGUGGGGGCUGACACACCGCCCCCUCACCACGGGAUGCAGACUAGUGUGCAAUGACUGGAGUGGGCAUCCAGCAGCUGCCUGGCCAGUGAUGCCCCGGGAGGAACCCUCCACACACAGCCCCCCUCACCCAGACUGCUCUUUUUAUAUAAAUAAUGAGAUAUAUAGACCCACAGGGCAAACACUGGCACCGGGCGAGUACUAUGGCAUUGUGGCACACGGGUGGAUGUGUACAGUGCUGCCAGAACUGCAGAUAUUUCUUUUUAAUAUAUAUUAUAUUUUUAAUAUUGUUUUUAUUUGCCUUACGACUCGUUCCCAGUUUCACAGAAAAAAAGACUAUAUAAAAAAAAAAAAAAGAACCCUCCUGAUGCCACCCUAUGAUAUGUCCAGGCUGUGCCCACAUCCCUGACUGUGGUUUCCCUCCUUAACUUGUGAAGAAUAAUGUAGGGCCAAUUACUGGACUGCUGCUUGGAACUUGCAGCACCUCUUAGCCACCUACCCCGCAGAUGCCCUGCCAGGGACAAUGUGUUCUCUCACCCACCCAGCCAAUAAAUACGCACAUGGCACUACAGUGACUGUAAUAAAUGCAUUGGAAAUACAAAUACGCAGGGUCCAAGAGAUGUUCUGCUUCCUGAACUUUAUGCCCAGUAGGCACCAGAGGAGAAUCAUUCCAAGAUGUCAAGAAGAAAUCCCUUUUUUUUCCCCCUCUUUCCUGGCUCCUUCUAAAGUUCCGACCACAAGUCCCGAGAUGUUCUGUUCUUUUCUAGGACUACAAGUAAACUCUAAUAAUACGGAUUUAAUCAUCUACCAAAACUGACCCCCUGUCUGUCCAAUUACCGUCACUACUCCUCUUCUGAGUCCGUUGCCAACCCCGAGGAUUAGAUCCACUCCUGCAGUUUCCAAGCAGGGUCUUUUUUGUUAGGUUGUGGUAAACAGACUGAUAAAAAACAAAAAAAACAAA